AUGUCUAGUACGCCGCAAUUUCGCCUGACGAUCGAGGACGGCCAGUUCCGUGACCGCAAGGGCCGCACCGUCGUCCUCCGCGGCAUCAACCUCGCAGGCGACGCAAAGCUGCCCAGCGAACCAGAUCAGCCUUCCCACAUUGGCACCGACUUUUUCGACGGCGACAGCGUCAAGUUCCAUGCUCGCCCAUUUCCAAAAGACGAAGCCCACAUUCACUUUUCACGCCUCAAGCGUUGGGGCUUCAACACCAUCCGCUAUGUCUUUACCUGGGAGGCGCUCGAGGCCGCGGGGCCGGGCCGCUACGACGAGGAGUUUAUUCAGCACACAAUCGAUAUUUUGAGGCUCGCCAAGGGCUACGGCUUUUAUGUUUUCAUGGACCCGCACCAGGAUGUUUGGUCUAGGUUUUGCGGUGGCUCCGGCGCACCCAUGUGGACGAUAUACGCCUGCGGUCUCAACCCCCAGAGCUUCAUGGCCACCGAGGCCGCUCUGGUCCACAACCUCUACCCCGACCCUUCCAAGUUCCCCAAGAUGAUCUGGGCCUCCAACUACCAGCGUCUCGCAACCGGCACCAUCUUCACAUUGUUCUGGGCUGGGCGCGAUAUUGCCCCGAUAUGCAUCAUUGACGGCAAGAAUAUCCAGGAUUAUCUGCAGGAGCACUUCUUUGGCGCCUGCGCACACUUGUGCAAGCGGCUGAAGGAGGCUGGCGACAUUCUCGAUGACGUUGUUUUCGGCUGGGAGAGCAUGAACGAGCCCAACCGCGGCAUCUGCGGCAACAGUGACAUUAGCGUGCUGCCGGCCGAGCAGCAGCUCAAGAAGGGCACUGCGCCGACCAUGUGGCAAUGCAUCCUCACGGGCUCCGGGCGCGCCUGCGAGAUUGACACGUACGAUAUGGGGCAGCUCGGGUGUUACAAGACGGGCAGCACGCUCGUCGACCCGCACGGCGAGAUUGCGUGGCUGCCCGCCGACUACGACGACUCGCGGUAUGGGUGGAAGCGCGACGAAAAGUGGAAGAUGGGCGAGUGUCUCUGGGCGCAACUCGGCGUGUGGGAUCCCAAGACGGACACGCUCCUUAAGAAGGACUAUUUCAAGAAGAACCCCAAGACGGGACUCGAAUACACGUUCCCGAACUGGACGCAGACGCACUUUAUGGACGGAUACCGACGGUACAGGGACGCCAUCCGAGCGAUCCACACCGACUGCAUCAUGAUCAUGCAGUACCCGACCCUCGAGCUGCCACCCAAGAUCAAGGGCACGGAAGACGACGACCCAAAGAUGGCCUUUGCGCCGCACUGGUACGAUGGCAUUACGCUCAUGACGAAGAAGUGGAACAAGCUCUGGAAUGUUGACGUGGUGGGCGUGCUGCGGGGACGGUACUGGACACCGGCGCUGGCAGUCAAGGUGGGCGAGACGGCGAUCCGCAACUGCUUCCGGGACCAGCACAAUUACUUGUACAAGGAGGGUAAGGAGCACCUGGGCAACCACCCGUGCAUCAUGACGGAGUUUGGUAUUCCCUACGACAUGGACGACCACUACGCGUACAAGACGGGCGACUACACUAGCCAGUCUGCAGCGAUGGACGCCAACUAUUUCGGCGUCGAGGGUUCGGGCAUGGAAGGCCACUGUCUCUGGCUUUACACAGUGUCGAACACGCACGAAUACGGCGACCAGUGGAACGGCGAGGAUCUUUCCAUCUUCUCCCACGACGACAAGCUUCUGCCGACAUCACCGCUGCCGCCGCACCUGGACCCCAAGGAGAAUUCGGUCAAGGAUCUCAUGACGGGUGACGGCGCACGCAACCUGCCGAACGAUUUUGUGGUCACACCGGGCAACCUCGAGUCGAGCAUGCGCAGCCCUUCGAUCUCCUCGGCGCCUUCGGGCAAGGACCCGGAGAUUUCGAACGCACCGGGGUUCCGGGCGGCCGAGGCGUACGUUCGACCGACGGCCGUUGUCGUCGGGGGCAAGGUGUUGGAGGCAGGAUUCGACCUGCGCAACGCAGAGUACAAGCUCCGCAUCAGGUCCGACUUCCCGCCGUCGGACGACGCGCCGACGAUUGUGUUUGUGCCAGAGCACCACUUCCCCAAGGACAACUGCCAGGUGACGGUGUCGUCGGGCAAGUGGGAGCUCGGCGAGGACGCGGACGCGGAAGAGCCGUCGGCGCCGCAGCUGCAGAGGCUCAAGUGGUGGCACGGCGACGGCGAGCAGACGCUGCGGCUCAACGGGCUGGUACGGCGGCACAACCUGCCGAACGAGGGCACAGACGAGGAGCAGGGGUACCUGGACCAGUGUAGGCAGCAGUACGGGACGUGCAACCUCAUGUGA